GCAGAGGCAGGCGCGAUGGAGCUGAGCCGGAUUCUGGGGGACUCCGUCACUUUCCCUCUGGGGAUCCCAGCAGAGCAACUUAUAACUGUUUCCUGGACGGUAAACGCAACGAGGAGUAUAGUAAUUGUAAUAGCAGGAAACCCCCCCAAUGUCAUUGUGACAGACCCAUCCUACGAGGGACGCCUGAGAGUCCCCGAGAACUACUUGCUUCAGAUCACCAGCCUGAGGAUGGAGGACACGGGCACCUACAGAGCUCAUAUCACCACAGCUACAGGCACCAUCCACAGACCCUUCCCACUGCGCGUGUACAAGCCAGUACCGGAGCCAACUGUCCUCUGUGACUCAGUGACCUGUGUGAAUGAAACCUGUAGCUACAACCUGAGCUGC